AUGGCACAUUCGUCGGAUGCUCAUCGCCUUAAAGGUCUCUUAUCAGUUACUGUAUUACAAGUUCAUGAUUUAAAAAAGGCAGAUUGGUUUGGCAAAAACGAUUGUUAUGUGGUUAUUUCGCUAGAACCUCUUUCCAACGAGCCCGUAAGCAAAGAAAUACUCACUGAAACUUGUCAAAAGACACAAAUUCACGAUGGUUCGCAUCCUAUCUUCAAUGAAAAGUUCGUCUUUCCUGUCGCACAUCGAAUUGAAGCGUUAUACAUUCAAGUAUGGGAUUCGGACAAUCGUAAAGAUGAUCUCAUAGCUCAGGGUACUGUAAAUCUCGUCGAUGAUGAACAAGGUGGUCAAUUAGAUACAAAUUUGAAUAAACAGUGGCUUCAUAUUGUGAGCGUUGACUUGUUCGAUGAAAAAGAACGAGCAGGUGGUUCUGUUGAACUAGUACUUCAUUUCAUCCCUGAAUCAGUCGCUGAUUACAUGGGCAAGAAAUUCGAUGCUACUCAAGCUGAAAUCAAAAAGAAGUUAACACAAAAGAUUGUCGGAAAAGUUACCAAUGUUGCUUCUGACAAAAUCCGUGCUUAUGUUGGACUUACCUAA